AUCCACGAGGAUUUCCUUGAACAGAAGGCUCUCCAGGGUGAGCCCAGCUGUACCAAGCAGGAAUUUUACAGGCCGCGACUCAGAUAUUGUCCUUUUGCCCAGCAACUUCAAUGGGGCGCGUACCUCGGUCACGGCAUGGACGGAAUGGUUUGGGAAGCCCAUCACAUUCAGCCCUAUGCGGUGAAGGUGUUCUGGGAAGCCGAACGGCGCGACUCUAAAUUGUAUUACUGGGCGCCAGAGAUCGAAUGCCAGAACGCUGCACUGCUCGAGAAGAUUCAAAGUUCGUCUGAGUAUGAUCGCAUUCUCCCACACGACAACCCAACAACACGAGACCAAGCGCGAGCGAAUCUACUUGCCUUUUCGGACAAUAGACAACAGCAACAGCAAUCACGAAACUCGGCCAUAGCAUUCACUUUCAUGGCAAGGGAUCGUCCCAGGCUACGACGAUGCUAUGGUUGGACAACAGUUACCUCGAGACAUUCCAUACAAGUCAACAUUGGCGAGACGGUGCGGAAUUUUGUGCCAACUACAGAAUACCUGGCUAUUGUGUACGAAUACGUCGAAGAGAGUGCCAUCAGUCGAGACAAGGAUGAGGAUGCAAGAAGGCGAGAGGUCCAAACCCAGCUGGAUUUCCUCUGGACGAUCGGCUUCUCAUUUCGCAUCCCUCUCCGUGCAGCAGAUUGGUGCGAUAAUAUCCUGCUGGACAUGUCCGUCUUGAUA